UAAACUAUAAUAAAAAGAGUAUAGUUCAAAUUUCCAGUAUAGUACAAUUCUAGUUUAAUCAAGAAUAAGUGUUUGAAUUAAAUGAAUAUUGUGGGUAAUACAUGCGAUCCCUGUGUUUAUGCCCAAAAGAUGAGGAAUUAGGGCAUGACCAUGGAUUUGAAAGCUAUCGUUCAGCAAACCAUACAAACUGUACAAUGUAGGCCACAGAGACCAUAUUGUCUGUCUUUUACAGGUACCACGCACCAUAAAGUUUUGUACCUGGUAGGGCUUUGCUAAUGAAAAAUACAUUUAAGUUGUUAGGUGAAACGAGGUGAAGAAUUGCAAGAUUUGGGAGCCCAUUCUCUGUAGAUUUGUUUGACAGCCUUGUACACAGAACUACAAACUAUUAGAUAAACAAUCAUUGAAAAUCUUUGCCAUCCAUACUUAAACUUCUUCUGCGUUCAUAGGCAGUCAUAUAGUCGACUUAUAUGUUUGGUUCGUGUGCUACCUGUGCACAUUAGUCCAACUGGAAACGAAAGUGCAGUUUAGAGUUCAGACAGCGUGUUCCGAAUUGCAUCACACGGGAGAGAUCUGUCAUGUAGAAUUAUGACGUAACACUGGAAUAUUCGGAACGUGGGUUUCCAAGUUCGGUGUCAUCGCAGUUCUGGCGCAUUUGCGAAACUGCUCUGAAUCGCAAUAGACUCAUUGGACAUGGUCCUGUUAGUCAUUAAAAUAAUAAUAUGUCUGCUGGCGUUAGUUACGUUGGAAGACAAAAUCUUUCACCUGGCUCGCAUACCGAGACUGGCCUUAAGGCUCUCUGGAGGGGGGGCGCCUUUCUUGGACUCCGAGCAGGACGCACCCGGCCUGGUGGAGCUGAGCUUCAGACAGUCUAAUGAUCCGGCUCCUCUCCUGCCUCCUCUGGACCCGCCAGGGACCGAAGAGGUACUGGGAGACUGCAGUCUCACACCCGUGUCUACAUCGCCAUCCCCUGGUUCGCUGGUCCCGAAUGCCGCGGCGCUCGGCAACAACCUUUCAGCGAUCGCUGCGAGGGUGGUCCAGUUGGACUUGGACCCGGAAACUGAAACAAUGAAGAUUGGAGAAGAAGCGGUUUGGAUCAUUGCUGGCCUUUCGCUCCUGUUCACUAUUGUCGCUAUGCGGAGAGAAACUUUGAUCCUGGCUUCAAGAACUAAAGCUACCUGGACCUCUGCUGUCAGCACUCAGCCGUCCUUAUGCCUUCAGGCCUCCAUUCCCUCCUGCUCUCGUACUUCAAGAGUAGUUGUUCCCUUGCCCUCCCGUAAGCUCCCUCAAUGUACCUCAGCUCUCCGGCCCAUCAACACCAGGCCCUCUUUCUCCAACAAUCUUUUUUGUCCACUUCCACCGAUUCUACAGUCAAUCUACAGUCAACUUCGCCAACUUCUCUGUGGGUCACCCCUGAUGCCUCACGAUGUCUCAUACCUACUGCCUCGGUCUGGGUCACCCCUGAUGCCUCACAGUGCCUCAUACCCGCUGCCUCGCAAUGGGUCACCUCUGAUGCCUCACGAUGCCUCAUACCUACUGCUUCUCUAUGGGUCACCUCUGAUGCCUCACGAUGCCUCAUACGUACUGCUUCUCCAUGGGUCACCAUUGAUGCUUCACGAUGCCUCAUACCUACUGCUUCUCCAUGGGUCACCACUGAUGCCUCAUGAUGCCUCAUACCUGCUGUCUCGCUAUGAGUCACCCCUGAUCCCUCUCAAUGCCUCAUGCCUGCUACCUCAAUAUGAGUCACCCCUGAUGCCUCUUGAUGCCUCAUACCUACUUCCUCUCCACGGGUCACCCCUGAUGCCUCAUGAUGCCUCGUACCUACUGCGUCACAAAAGAUCACUCCUGAUGCCUCACGAUGCCUCAUUCCGACUGUUUCUCCAUGGGUCACUCCUGAUGCCUCACAAUGCCUCGUACCUACUGCCUCAGCAUGGGUCUCUCCUAAUGCCUCACAAUGCCUCGAACCUACUGCCUCACCAUGGGUCUCCCCUAAUGCCUCCCAAUGACUCUAACCUACUGCCUCAGAAUGGGUCACCACUGAUGCCUGAUACUCCCUCAUCCUUACUGCUUCUCCAUAUGUCACCAAUGCUAACUCAUCCUGCCUCAUCCCUACUUUCUUGCUCUUUCCCAUCAAUGCUGCCUUACUAUUUCUCUUGCUUGUUGCCUCAUCUUUACUCUGUCUUGCUGCCUCACCGUGUAUCACCCCUCCUACAUCUUUUUUUUUCACUUGUGCCAUCUCAACACAGCCGGGCCCUGCCAUCUCCCCUUUUCUCAGUUCUGUUUCCUUACAGUAUCUCUCCGAUACUGUUGACCUGUUUCACCCGCUACCUCUGCCCCUCUUCCUUGCCCUCACUUCCUAGCACCAGAAUCUUCCAGGAACACCCUGACAAUGGUCUCUCCUGCCUUGAUGUCAGAUCUAAUGCUGAAUGUCUAGAGCUGGAAAUUGAUUAGGAAAAGACUGGUUAAAGCAUUAUGGAAGAGGUGGAGAUAGAUGAAUUGAUCACCAGCAUGACAGGUGGCUAAUUGUAUACUUAUUUACUCUAGUUUAUUGGAGUAUUAAAUUUUUUAAAAACAA